AUGCCGGUCCUCUGCCUACUGUUGAUGGAUGGGACAUUUGGAGGCGACCUGGUUAAGACCCUCCUCGGCUCGUCGGAAGCCGUCGUCUCCGCGCUCUCUUGUUCCUCCCGGCUUCUCCGGUACGACCUCAAUACCAUGAUGCUGCCCAAUAUGGAGACGUUGCGAGAUCAUGGAGUCCCGGGGCCGAAGCUCAUCAAGCUAGCUACAUCGUAUCCACGGGUGCUGAUGAAGAAGCGCGAUCGGUUCACAGAGACUGUAGAAUUGCUCAAAGGAAUGGGGAUGAAACCAACGUCGACGACGUUCAUUCUCGCUAUCGCUGCGAUGCUGGCGCUGACGCCGGCGACGUGGGAGAGGAAGCUGGCGAACAUCAGGAAAUCGAUGGAGUUCUUUGUGAAUAAGCUGAAUUGGGAGCCGGCAUUUCUAGCAGCGCGGCCGAUGCUUCUGUCUCUCAGUCUUGAGAAGAGGAUCAUUCCAAGGUGCUCGAUUUUGAGCAUUUUGUUGUGGAAGGGAUUGUUGAGCAGCAAAUUCGGUGUGCACACCUUGCUGUUAAGUAAGAAGGACUUCUUGGAGAAGUAUGUUGUCAAGUAUGGGGAGCAGGUCCCUGAGGUGCUUGAGGCUUACCAGGGGAAAUUGGAAUUUGUAGGUAUUGAGGCAGGGGAUCAAUGCAAACAAAAGAAAAGAGGCAGGGGAUCAAAGAAGCAUUAUGGAAAUUGGCAGUUGUGA